AUGUCUUUACUUGGGAAACUACUCUCUGGUAUCCCUUCCAAUGGGUCCUUGACCGCCAAAUCAAAGAAUCCUCUCGAUUCGAAUCUGGAAGACCAAUUCACGCACAACCUGCUCUUCCCAGAUGCCGACGCACUCUGCCACAAUGACCAGGUCUUCCCGCUAUCAUCUGGGACAGUACUUGCUCCUGCGGCAGUGAACAACUUCGACAUCAACGGGGACAUUGAUCUUGACAUGCGAGAUGUCAGAGUUAUCAUCAUGCAGGAGGCCACCCCCACCUCCGGCUCCGCCCAACUUCUUUACGACACUCAUACACCUCCUCCUCCCCCUCCAUCGCAGGGCCAACAGGCUCCAAACAAUGGCACCUCAUAUCAACCACACGCAGAGGGCCGUCGAUCGAUUAGCUCGCCGCGGAAGGCUAGUCUAGGACAGAACUCAAGACCUGUGGUGAUCCAGCAAGAGACUACAGCUCCGCGAACCUUUGGUGCUUUCGAUCGCAGGCCUGCGCAUCACAAGACUCUUAGUCAUACAGAGACAGAAGGGCAACGGUCGGCGCGAGAGUACAGGGAAGAGAUGACUACGUUCUCGAAUUGCAUAUUUGGGAAUUCAGAAGUUCUGGCCUACAAAGGGACUGGGACCAAGGUUCAUAUUCUCCCAUCGGAAUCCAGGGUCCCCUUUACAUCAAGCUCCUACGGUGGGGAUGCGAAUGGCUCCUUUGGAAGGUCAAGCAUGCGGAGUAGCAAACUCGCACAGUCAUUCACGUCAGAUAAUUUCGCAGCUGCUCCGAUAUCGGCGGGUUUCAUGAGCUCGAAUCCAUCUUCAAGAAGUACAGAACGAAAAAAAGUAUUGAUCACACGCAUGUUCCCCGUACCACUGCCGAAGGAUGAUGUUGAAGAUGCCUCCCAAAUUCGAACACCGACCCAGAAUGUCCAGGUCACUGACGCCGCCGGUUACCCCUUUCCCAAAAUUGGUGACCAUGGUGCAACUGAUAAAAGGCUCCAGCCAAAGCAAAAGAGGACGCCAAUGUACGCUGUUGGCCUGAUAAUCCACUUACCAGCGGCUCCCAAUGUUCCAUCGGUGCCGAUCUCAAGAUCUAGUCUUCGAGGUCCUGGCUCUUACACCGAGCAGGAUUCCUUCCCAUCUUCAUUCAACUCAGCUCGCCGUGCUGGCUGGACUAUGCUGGGAACUGGCUUUGGUGUGGACUCCUUGGAUUCGUCAGUCUCAAGCGAUGUUGAUGAUCGAAUUGAUUUGAUUACCCAGCACUGGGAUAUUAUCAUGCGGACCCUCUCACACUUGCAAGCUGUUGCGACAACAUCCCUUCUACCCUUGCUCAAGCAGGCAGAUGUCAGCUCUCCAGACCCUCGAGCCAACUCUUCAUCCCACCAUCGCGUUCCAUCUGCUAGUGUCUCGAUUUCUGGGAAACGGGUCAUGGAAGACAUCAAACCAUUCAAAAUCCCAAAAACAAACGCCAAGUUUGUUCAACUACAAGCAAACUGUCUAAUGCAUGCACUGAACAUUCAAAAAGAGGUGGAUAUUUCCCGCCAGCGUAUCACCAGCGGUCUCAAAGCAUAUCAAGUAGUUACUGGGCAAGGUCGGUGGGGUAUCUGGCGUGAAGAAGCUCGACUAGUGGGCAAAUGGGCAGGCAGCAAAGAUGAAGGAUUCUUCUUUUUCAAUCUCUUGACUGGGUUCCUUGGUCAUCAUACCGAAUGGCUUCAAGCCCUUGGCCCAAGCUGGUACCGCCGUCGCCAUUACCAACACCAAAGAGCAAAUAAGGACGAUGACAUAUCUCUCCCAACUCGCACCAUCAUCGUUUCAGACAACAAACUGAUGGCCCGGAGGCUGAUCUUUCUGUUGUCUGCCUUUCUUCCCGCAAACCAACAGUUGAAUCCCCCCCGGUUGCAUCGCCCUAGCACUUCAACAUCUUUUGGGGGCUACUCACAGUCACCUCCGAUGUAUACUGUGCCAAUAUUGAGAGAAGAAUCUCUCCGUCGCAGAAUAAACAAACGGACUGGUGCCUCUCGAGCUCAUUCUCGAACAAUGAGCUUUCCUACCCAAACAAUGCAUGGACCACCCACACAUUUACCACCAGAUAUCCACCAUGAUCGCCGCCCAUCCGACGCUGCAUCAAUGAAAACCGCGAACCUACCCAUUCCUGGAAGUGACCUUGGCACCCGAAAGAGUAGUACUGCGACGGUUUCAACGGCGACACCAGUCACGACAAUACCGCAUUUCUCCACCAGAAGACCAAUGAGAGUUGGGACUGGUCCUGGACCACGACCUGGUAGCAGCGGUAGCUUUGCUGCUGAUGACUUGCUUCGCUUCUCUUUGAAGAGGGGUGAAAGUAGCGGUCAGUACAGCAAUACCAGCGGUGACUCGCAGGGCCAAAAUUCACGAUGGGGUAGUAUGAUUAGCGGAUUUUGGAGCGCAAAGCGGCGGAGUUCGACUGCUACUACGGAGGUUGAGCCUCCUAUUGAUGGUGUGGAAAUAGUCGAUCCCCUUCAGAAAGAUCACCUGCCUAAGCCUGCCAGUUUGGCCGAAAUGGUGAAAGAAGUCGGCAGUUCACAAGUUAUUAAGACAAGGGAGCAACAAGAGCGUGAGUUGAGGAAGUCUGACUCGGGAAGUUCGAAGACCGCGAAGCCAGGAAAUGAUGAACCCGGGGAAGUUUCAGAACAGGUGGUUCAUAUUUCUUUACGGGUACCCGAUCCUUCUGGGGCUUACGAGUCGCCUGUAAAAACAUCAAUUAACGAGAUGGAUGGUGUUAUUGAUAUUGACGUUCCCCUACCGGAUUAUUUGUCUUUUGAGACAGCCGUCAGUUCGCCAUCUAGCAGCGGCUACCUAUCUACCCCUGGAUUUGGAAAUGGCAUGGACGGAUUUGAACACUACUCUCGAACUGGCCCUGAGCUUGAUACCACCACCAACGUCGGUGGUUGGCUUCAACGAUAUCACCCCGACUUUGCUCUACAAGCUAUUCCAGUCCAGGAGGGUAUUCUAGAAGAGGUAAAGGCGUCAAUGCGAGAAGAGCCAACGCCAAUGUUUAGCGGUACACCUCUUCCCGAUAACGGCCGUUCAGAUCGUUGGGUGGAUGUCUGUAGUGCCAUUAUUGCCGAUACCACCAACUUCAGUAUCAAGCGUAUCCGCUACAGGAGACUUGUGAAGCCAAAGGACAUCUCAACACCUAAUGUCCCGCUCGACUCGCGAUAUGGAAACGUUUAUUCGGCCGCACAGCUUACACCAGCUCCCGAAGCAUACGAGAACCACAUUGAAGAUCGUUUUAUAGAAGAGCCAAUCAUCUCCAUGGACGAAACCCUCAUUCAAGCCGUCGAGCGAAUCAUUGCACAGUCUGGCCAAGUCUCAAAGGAGUCUUCAGUCUGCUCUUCGCGCUCUACAUCCCGUAAAGGUGGGAAUCGUGACCGUUCGAAUUCGGAUGCGAAGUUACCCAUCCGCAGUGAUCGACAAUUGGAAAUCCCACGAAACGAGUGCAAGAAGAUGGUGCUUGGAGCACUAGAGGAAAUCGUCAAGGAGGUCGAGGAGAGUAGGAAGGAGGGCGAUGAUGCUGAGAGGGAGCAAACGGAGUCCUUCCUGAGAGAAGGGGUUAGGAGUUGGUUGGUCAAUGUUGAGACGAUGGAGUGA